UCUCUCUUUCUUUUACUGUCGCUUUGAGGUGCUUCGUGAGGCGAAGCCAUGGCGAGAAACAGAGGUGGAGGGAGAUUUCAAAUGUCUGCAACUCCGGCAUUAGUGCUGGCGCAGAUCUUCGCCGCGGCGGCAAUAACCCUUAUGCUUGUCUGGAUCCUGCACUUCCGAGGAGGUGUUUCGCUGAAAGCGAAAAACCUCCAACGGCUGCUUAAUGCACACCAUGUUCUGAUGCUAUUCGGUCCUAUUAUAUCCACCGGACAAGCUAUCAUGGCCUUUAAGACAAUUCCUGGGAGAAGAAAGGUGAGGAAGCUUAUCCACAUGCUGCUCAACCUGGCGGGUCUCAUUUUGGGUGUGCUCGGCCUCUAUGCCAUCUUUAAGUUUUACAGUGAAGUUAAUGAGCCAGCAGAUUUACAUAGUCUGCACUCUUGGACUGGAAUUGGAGUAAUGGGCCUCUACGUUAUUCAGUUCUUCCUUGGUUUCUCUUUCUUCCUGUUUCCCGGGGCGCAGAAGAAUAUGAGGACAGACAUGAAGCCUUGGCAUGCCUUCUUCGGACUGGUGAUCUUCAUUCUAGCUGUUUUCACAUCAGGGACAGGUUUAAUACAAAGAUUUAGGUUCCUGAAUCUCUUAAAGGAAAGAGAAGCUUAUGUGCUAAACUUCACAGGAAUAGCUAUUAUCUUGUUUGGAAUAGCAGUGGUUAUGUCGGUUGUACUUCCAUAAAAACAGGGAAAAUAUUAGGUACGGU